UUGAUUGAAGUGAUCUGUGUGAAUCCUAUUAAUGCACUCUGGAUUCUGGCCAAGGCAGAAGCAAUGGAGGGGAACACCGCUGUCUAGCAUCACUAUCUGAUCUGCCUCUUCACAGGACAAACUGAACACCCUCUACACUCCCUCUUCAACAACACCCCUCCUCCACCUCCUCCUCUUGCCCAGGCAAGGAUGGUCCCUCCACCUCCCACCAACAAGCCCCACGUGUGCCUUUCCACCAUCCUGAUCAUGAGCAGCAUGGCACUGAUUGAUGCCUACCUGGUGGAGCAGAACCAUGGACCACGCAAAAUUGGCAUCUGCAUCAUGGUGAUGGUGGGAGACAUCUGCUUUCUAAUCGUCCUGCGUUAUGUUGCAGUGUGGGUGGGUGCUGAGGUACGCACAGCUAAGCGAGGCUACGCUAUGAUCCUCUGGUUCCUUUACAUCUUUGUGCUGGAGAUCAAGGUCUACUUUGUGUAUCAAAACUACAAGGCAGACAGGAAGAGCCUGGACGCUCUUGCAAGGAAAGCACUGACGUUGCUGCUGUCCAUUUGCAUUCCAGUGCUGUUUGUGGUGCUGGUUGCUAUCGACCAUAUGGAGUAUGUUCGCGCCUUCAAAAAACGCGAGGAGAUCCGUAAUCGUCUCUUCUGGGUGGUGGUAGACUUGCUGGACAUAUUGGACAUCCAAGCCAACUUAUGGGAGCCUCAAAAGAAGGGGCUUCCUUUGUGGGCAGAGGGCCUGAUGUUCUUCUAUUGUUACAUCCUGCUGCUUGUGCUGCCCUGCGUGUCCUUGAGUGAGAUCAGCAUGCAGGGCAUCAACAUCGUGCCCCACAAGAUGCUCCUGUACCCCAUCCUUAGCCUGGUCACCAUCAACAUCAUCACCCUGUUCAUCCGUGGGGGGAACAUGAUUCUGUACAGGGAUGCCAGGGUAUCUGGGAUCCUCAUAGGGAAGAACAUUCUGGCCAUCAUUCUAAAGACCUGCAGCUUUGUGCAGUACAGGAGACAGUUGCAAAAUGCUUCUCCUGCCUUCGGGAUGGAGCUGCAGAAGAACUCAGUGGCCCAUGCUCGCCCAGCCCCCACUCCUCCUCAAGUGGUCAUGCAAGACCAGACGCCUCUCCCAGAGGUGACGACAUGUGAACACACAUGACAGAAUGGUGAGGUGAAUCCUGGAAAUGUCAAUAUGGGGGUUAUAUGACCCUCAGGACACUGGCAGGGCACAAUGUUCCACACCUUUUAGGGAAUGUGAACACUCGUGUGAACACAGAGAAGAUCAGGAUCUCCACUGAUACCUAAUGGCACACAGGACACUGCACGUGCUUAGCAGGGAUAGAGCAGUGCUGUAUCCAAAAUUGCUGUCAUGGUGCAAAAUACAGUAUUACUUGUGACUUUGGUAAAGCAUUUCCCCUCUGGAGUCAGUUAACUGUGUAUUUUUUCUAAUUGUACAGAAAAAAAAGGCAUUUACUGCAAGAUUAGAAGAUAUAUUUUUUGAAUUGUGUGUGUUGCAUUCUAAUCUUAAGUUUAAGGGUCCGUGUGCUGUGGUGUGUUUUUCUGUUGCUCGAAUGUUCUUUGUAGUCGAGGGCUUUAACAUGUCAAAGU